CUGUAAACAUAUGAUUCAUAUUUCACUAAUCAAUAGCAAUCAUAUCAUAAUAUAAUAAAACACUUGAAACACAACAACAACUAAAUUCAUUGUCUUUACAAUAAUAAUAAUACAAUCAAUCAGUGAAUCAUUGACUCAAAUAUCAUCCAAACAUUAACAACAACAACAACAGUGCCAACAAAACUAACUAAACGACUGCCAUCACUAUCAACAACAACGACAAUGUCUUCACCAUUAUAUCCAUCACUCGAAGACAUGAAAGUGGAUCAAAUGAUUAAAGCACAACAACGACCACCAAUUGAACCUCUACAUCAUUACGCCAACACUGGAUCAUCGGCUGCACCGCCAUCGGCACCCUAUCCGACAUUGGGCUCAUCGACGACAUCAGCGAUUGGAUCACCGAUUUAUCCCGAACUGAAUGAGUGGAUGGGUAUGGAUCUGACAUCGCAGGAAGUGGCGGCCAUCAAGAAGUACGCUGUGGUGGCACCGAACAAUACAGCAGUGGCCAUAUCAACGCCGACAACAGUGGUAGGCACUACGCAAAUGUUGGCACCCGUUUCGGGUACAUCAGUUGGCUUAUUGCGGGCCAAUGUUACCCAUGGUGUACGCGAAGUGGUUGUCUGCAAGGAUGAGUCGUCGAAGAUUGGCCUCAGAGUCAAAGAUAUCAAUAAGGGAAUCUUUGUUGUGUUUGUUCAGAACGGUACUCCGGCCGCUAUGGUUGGCCUCCGAUUUGGCGAUCAAAUAUUGCAGAUAAACGGGGAAAAUGUGGCCGGAUUUUCAACCGAUAAAGUACACGACAUUAUCAAGAAGUGCGGUGUCAAUGGUAUUCAUUUGGUGGUCAGAGAUCGGCCAUUUGAACGAGUGAUUACAUUGCAUAAGGAUAGUGCCGGCCAUUGCGGCUUUACGUUCAAAAACGGUCGGAUUAAUGCCAUUGUUAAGGACUCGUCGGCCGCCCGUAACGGUCUGCUAACUGAACAUAACUUUUUGGAAAUUAACGGCCAAAAUGUUGUCGGCGUCGAUGAUAAAGAAAUCCGAUCGUUGAUGGAGUCCUCGGGCAGUGUUAUAACUUUGACAAUAAUGCCAUCGAUUAUCUUCGACCAUAUGAUGAAACAAAUGUCCACAAGUUUGGUGAAGAAACUGAUGGAUCACUCGAUUCCCAACGUCUGAAAUGACUGAUUGAGUGAUUUUUUAAUUGAAAUGAUUUUAUAUUAUUUUUUUGAUAUAAUAAUUAUUAUUUAAUGAAUCAAAAAAAACUUUAUAUAAAGUAUAUCUUCUCUAUAGUUCUUAACGGUUUUUUUCAGAUAAAUUUUUAAUUAAAAAUAUCUUAAAUAAGUCAUAAUUAUUAUUAUAAUACUGUAUUACCGUACUAUCAAUUUGUA